UUUAUUUUAUUGGGAGGCGUAUUGUUCAGGUUGCAGAGCAGUGAUAAUUACCUGCCAGUGUCUUUUAGGAGUGAGGUAUCUGGAGUUCAGGGACCCCAACUUGUGACAAUGACAGCGGAUGAGUUGAUUUUCUUUGUGAAUGGCAGAAAGGUGGUGGAGAGAAAUGCAGAUCCAGAAACAACCCUUUUGGUCUACCUGAGAAGAAAGUUGGGGCUGAGUGGAACCAAGCUCGGCUGUGGAGAGGGGGGCUGCGGGGCCUGCACAGUGAUGCUCUCCAAGUAUGACCAUAUGCAGAACAAGAUUGUCCACUUUCCUGCCAAUGCCUGCCUGGCCCCCAUCUGCUCCUUGCACCAUGUGGCAGUGACAACUGUGGAAGGAAUAGGAAGCACCAAGACAAGGCUGCAUCCUGUGCAGGAGAGAAUUGCCAAAAGCCAUGGCUCCCAGUGUGGGUUCUGCACCCCCGGUGUCGUCAUGAGCAUGUAUGCACUGCUCCGGAAUCAGCCUGAGCCCACCAUCGAGGAGAUUGAGAAUGCUUUCCAAGGAAAUCUGUGCCGCUGUACAGGCUACAGAGCCAUCCUCCAGGGCUUCCGGACCUUUGCCAGGGAUGGUGGAUGCUGUGGAGGAGAUGUGAACAAUCCAAAUUGCUGCAUGAACCAGAAGAAAGACCACUCAGUUAGUCUCUCGCCAUCUUUAUUCAAACCAGAGGAGUUCACACCCCUGGAUCCCACCCAGGAGCCCAUUUUUCCUCCCGAGUUGCUGAGGCUGAAAGACACUCCUCGGAAGCAGCUGCGAUUUGAAGGGGAGCGUGUGACGUGGAUACAGGUCUCAACCCUCAAGGAAUUGCUGGACCUCAAGGCUGAGUACCCCGGUGCCAAGCUGGUGGUGGGGAACACGGAGAUUGGCAUCGAGAUGAAGUUCAAGAAUAUGCUAUUUCCUAUGAUUGUCUGCCCAGCCUGGAUCCCUGAGCUGAAUUCAGUAGAACAUGGACCAGAGGGUAUCUCCUUCGGAGCUGCUUGCCCCCUGAGCAUUGUGGAAAAGACCCUGGUUGAUGCCGUUGCUAAGCUUCCUGCCCAAAAGACAGAGGUGUUCAGAGGGGUCCUGGAGCAGCUGCGCUGGUUUGCUGGGAAGCAGGUCAAGUCUGUGGCGUCCAUUGGAGGAAACAUCAUCACGGCCAGCCCCAUCUCCGAUCUCAACCCUGUGUUCAUGGCCAGUGGGGCUAAGCUGACACUUGUGUCCAAAGGCACGAGGAGAACUGUUCGGAUGGACCACACCUUCUUCCCCGGCUACAGAAAGACCCUGCUGAGCCCCGAGGAAAUACUCCUCUCCAUAGAGAUCCCCUACAGCAGGGAGGGUGAGUAUUUCUCAGCAUUCAAGCAGGCCUCCCGGAGAGAAGAUGACAUUGCCAAGGUAACCAGUGGAAUGAGAGUUUUAUUCAAGCCAGGAACCACAGAGGUAGAGGAGCUGGCCCUUUGCUAUGGUGGAAUGGCCAACAGAACCAUCUCGGCCCUCAAGACUACUCAGAGGCAACUUUCCAAGCUAUGGAAGGAGGAGCUGCUACAGGACGUGUGUGCAGGCCUGGCCGAGGAGCUGUACCUGCCCCCCGACGCCCCUGGCGGCAUGGUGGACUUCCGGCGCACCCUCACCCUCAGCUUCUUCUUCAAGUUCUACCUGACAGUGCUCCAGAAGCUGGGCCAAGAGAACCCGGAAGACAAGUGUGGUAAACUGGACCCCACCUUCACCAGUGCAACUUUACUCUUUCAGAAAGACCCCCCAGCCAACGUCCAGCUCUUCCAAGAUGUGCCCAAAGGUCAGUCUGAGGAGGACAUGGUGGGCCGGCCCCUGCCCCACCUGGCAGCAAACAUGCAGGCCUCUGGUGAGGCUGUGUACUGUGACGACAUCCCUCACUACGAGAAUGAGCUCUCUCUCCGGCUAGUCACCAGCACCCGGGCCCACGCCAAGAUCAAGUCCAUAGAAACAUCAGAAGCUAAGAAGGUGCCAGGGUUUGUUUGUUUCAUUUCUGCUGGUGAUAUUCCUGGGAGUAACAUAACUGGAAUUUGCAAUGAUGAGACAGUCUUUGCAAAGGAUAAGGUUACUUGUGUUGGGCAUAUCAUUGGUGCUGUGGUGGCUGACACCCCGGAACAUGCACAGAGAGCUGCCCAAGGGGUGAAAAUCACCUAUGAAGAACUACCAGCAAUUAUCACAAUUGAGGAUGCUAUAAAGAACAACUCCUUUUAUGGAUCUGAGCUGAAGAUUGAGAAAGGAGACCUCAAGAAGGGGUUUUCCGAAGCGGAUAAUGUUGUGUCAGGGGAGUUAUACAUUGGCGGCCAAGAACAUUUCUACCUGGAGACUCAUUGCACCAUUGCUGUUCCAAAAGGCGAGGCAGGGGAGAUGGAGCUCUUUGUAUCUACACAGAACACCAUGAAGACCCAGAGCUUUGUUGCAAAAAUGUUGGGAGUUCCAGCAAACCGGAUUGUGGUUCGAGUGAAGAGAAUGGGAGGAGGCUUUGGAGGGAAAGAAACCCGAAGCACCGUGGUGUCCACAGCGGUGGCCCUGGCUGCAUAUAAGACCGGCCGCCCUGUGCGCUGCAUGCUGGACCGUGAUGAGGACAUGCUGAUAACUGGUGGCAGACAUCCCUUCCUGGCCAGAUACAAGGUUGGCUUCAUGAAGACUGGGAAGGUUGUGGCUCUGGAGGUGGAUCACUUCAGCAAUGCGGGGAACACCCAGGAUCUCUCUCAGAGUAUUAUGGAACGAGCUCUAUUCCACAUGGACAACUGCUAUAAAAUCCCCAAUAUCCGGGGCACUGGGCGUCUGUGCAAGACCAACCUGCCCUCCAACACGGCUUUCCGGGGCUUUGGGGGGCCCCAAGGGAUGCUCAUUGCUGAAUAUUGGAUGAGUGAAGUCGCAGUGACCUGUGGGUUGCCUGCAGAGGAGGUGCGGAGGAAAAACCUGUACAAAGAAGGGGACCUGACACACUUCAACCAGAAGCUUGAGGGUUUCAACUUGUCCAGGUGCUGGGAAGAAUGCCUAGCAAGCUCUCAGUAUCAUGCUCGGAAGAGUGGGGUUGACAAGUUCAACAAGGAGAAUUGUUGGAAAAAGAGAGGAUUGUGCAUAAUUCCCACCAAGUUUGGAAUAAGCUUCACACUUCCUUUUCUGAAUCAGGCAGGAGCCCUGCUUCAUGUGUACACAGAUGGCUCUGUGCUGCUAACCCAUGGGGGGACUGAGAUGGGCCAAGGUCUUCAUACCAAAAUGGUCCAGGUGGCCAGCAGAGCUCUGAAAAUCCCCACCUCUAAGAUUUAUAUCAGCGAGACAAGCACUAACACUGUGCCCAACACCUCUCCCACAGCUGCCUCUGCCAGUGCUGACCUCAAUGGACAGGCCAUCUACGCAGCUUGUCAGACCAUCCUGAAAAGGCUGGAACCCUACAAGCAGAAGAAUCCCAAUGGCUCUUGGGAAGACUGGGUCACAGCUGCCUAUAUGGACACAGUGAGCUUGUCUGCCACUGGGUUUUAUAAGACACCCAAUCUGGGCUACAGCUUUGAGACUAACUCAGGGAACCCCUUCCACUACUUCACCUAUGGGGUGGCUUGCUCUGAAGUAGAAAUUGACUGCUUAACAGGAGAUCAUAAGAACCUCCGCACAGAUAUUGUCAUGGAUGUUGGCUCCAGUCUAAACCCUGCCAUUGAUAUUGGACAGGUGGAAGGGGCAUUUGUCCAGGGCCUUGGCCUCUUCACCCUAGAGGAGCUACACUACUCCCCUGAGGGGAGCCUGCAUACCCGUGGCCCUGGCACCUACAAGAUCCCUGCAUUUGGCAGCAUCCCCAUUGAGUUCAGGGUGUCCCUGCUCCGCAACUGCCCCAACAAAAAGGCCAUCUAUGCAUCCAAGGCUGUUGGAGAGCCGCCCCUAUUCCUGGCUGCUUCCAUCUUCUUUGCCAUCAAAGAUGCCAUCCGUGCAGCUCGAGCACAGCACACAGGUAAUAACAUGAAGGAACUCUUCCGGCUAGACAGCCCUGCCACCCCGGAGAAGAUCCGCAAUGCCUGCGUGGACAAGUUCACCACCCUGUGUGUCACUGGUGUACCAGAAAACUGCAAACCCUGGUCUGUGAGGGUCUGAAGACAGAGUCCCCAGCAGAGUCUUCUUGUGCUGCAUUUGGGCUUCCAUGGAGCAGGAGAAACACACCACAGAAUAUGGAUCUAUAAAAGUCACAGAAAGAGCUGUGAUUCAUCAGGAUGGAAUUUGGAAGACAAGUGAAUGCAUUGGAAGAUUUUGAUCAAAAAUGUAAUUUGCAAACAUAAUGAGAAGCAAAUUCAAAACUCUUAGGCCUAGAUGGUGAAUAUGCAGUUAGGAUCAUUUUCUGUCUUUUUAAAUCAUGUACUUGGAAUAGGGUCAGAAAGGGUUUGUCCUAUUCCCCAUUUAGUGGACAGCCUGUAUACCUCAAGUUCUGAUGGUGUGUGUCCUUUGAAGAGGAUUCCCACAAACCUCCAGUAGCUUAAACCAAAGUAACUUUAAAUCGUGUGCCUUCCUCUGAAAGCCUUGCCUUCAAAUCAAUGAACAGCAAAGCAUAACCUUGAAUCUAUACUCAAAUUUUGCAAUGAGGCAGUGGGGCAAGAUUAAAACCUCUAACCAUCUUUGAAUCAUUAAAAUAAAGAAUGAAACAAAUUCAAGGUUAAUUAUAUCUAGCUUUGUAAAUCUGCAUAAAGCAAGAUUACUCUAUAACACAAAAAUCCAACCAACUCAAUUAUUGAGCACCUACAAUGUUCUAGAUUUUUUUCCCUUCCUCUUUGAGUAUUUACAAAAAAAGAUAAUGUUUAAUCUUUACAUUUGAAGCCAAAGUAAUUUCCACUUGAAAAUGAUGCUAUCAGGCCUGGCAUGGUGGCUCACACCUGUAAUCGCAGCAAUUUGGGAGGCUGAGACAGGAGAAUUGCUUGAGCCCAGCAGUUUGAGACCAACCUGAGCAACACAGAGAGAUAAUGUCUUAAAAUUUUUUUUUAAUUAGUUGAUCUUGGUAGUGCAUACCUAGUAGCCCCAACUACUUGGGAGGCUGAGGUGGAGAGAUCAUUUGAGCUCAGGAGGUGGAGGCUGCCAAGUGCUAUGAUUCCACCACUGCACUCCUGCCUGAGUGACUGAGCAAUAUCUUGCCUCUGAAGAAAAAAAAAAGAAAAAAGAAAAAAAGAAAUGCUGCUAUCAAAAUCAAGAUCAACCAGAGGUAGAAGAGCCAAGAAGCCUGGGUCCUCAUUCCAGCUCUGUCUCUUCUGUCUCUACUUUGAGACCUUGGACUGUCAUUUCCCCUUCCUGUGAUCCAUUUGACUGCAAACAUAGGGAUUGCAGUAAAGUGUUGUCUCACAUCUUCUGCUCUAAAAGCCUAUAAAUAUGUGACCUGAAAACUCCAGUUACAUAAGCGAUCUGCAGUUAUCUAAGGCUUGGUUUUCCUACUAUUAUAUGAAACCUGGUCUAAUGAACUCUGCUUAGAUCCCCUCAAGUUUCUGAGGUUGGCAAAGAGAACAGGAGAAGAACAAACGUCUCUUUCAUUACUCCGACAGGUGAUUUAAUCCCUACAUAGUGCUGGGUGGACGAUGUGUCACCAUAGCAUGCCUUCGCUAAAUAAAUCCAACCUUCAGCCAGACAGAAUCUGUGGCUCUGGCUAUGGAGGGAAAAUAAUGGAAAUGAUAUGGUUGGACUGGCACUUGAUGCCACUAAUAAAUGAAACUGUCAGCUGG